GCGGUUUCGACUAUGUAUCACAUGCAGAUGUAAUCAGUCAAUAAUAAAUAUAAAUGUUUUGGUUCAAGGUUAGAGUGGCAGCAGGGAAUAAAGAGUCCUUAAAGCGUGCCAUCAGACGGGCUUAGAGAGGCACCGUACCUGCAGAACCAGAGACGAUCUCGUCCAUACCGUUCCCACUACCCGAAUCGUAUACUACUACAUCUUCUGACAGUAACGAGCGAUUUCUCAUCUAUGACAACAGCUUUGAAACUGCACGUGUAUUAGUAUACUGUAGUCGUGUCGGGUUAGAGUUGCUGGGCGAAGCAGAUACGUGGUUUAUGGAUGGAACGCACUCGACAGCGCCACGACAAUUCGCACAGCUGUUUUGCAUCCAGGUGCCACUUGGAAAAGGACACGCUACAGCUGCAUACGGUCUCCUACCCGGCAAGCAGCAAGAACAUUACAAGGAGUUCCUCACCGUCAUCCUGGAUGCUUGUCUACGGGAAGACGUGCGACCAUCGCCGUCAACUGUUAUUAUUGAUUACGAGACCGCAAUCCAUAAUGCAGUACUCUCGGUGAUACUUAGCCAGAACAUCAAAAUCCAGGGUUGUUUCUAUCACCUUACCCAAUCAACCUGGAGACGCAUACAGAGCGAGGGUUUGCAGGCUCUGUACCGCGAAGACGAGGCGGUAUGACAUUUCUUCGGUAUGCUGGACGGUCUGGCCUUCCUACCAACCCAACUCGUGAACGAAGGCAUGGCGCAUCUUAGGAUGCUCGCCCCAGAAGCCCUAAUGCCGGUCAUCGAUUACUUUGAAGCCACGUAUGUGACCGGUACAUACCGCAUGGUGAUGUCAGCGGGAAAGAUGAGGUUUAGAGCAGUUCCAUCGCGAUUCUGCAUGGAAUGUGAACACGGCAACAAUCAACGGCGAUGCCAGGACUAACAAUGUGUGCCAGUCUUGGAACUGCGGGUUCCGACAGUUGGUUGGUCACAGUCACCCGUCGUUGUGGAAAGUGCUCGAGUGCCUCCAGAAGGACAACGCCAAGGUAGAGGCAGAUGCCCACAGGCACCGAUCUGGACAGUCUGUAACCAGGAAGCGCAAGAAGGCCACCAUCGCUCACCAAUGCCGCCUCAACAGGCUGUGCACGAAACUAGAAAACAAGCAGCUACGUCUACCAGAAUUCCUGGCUUCCAUCCGAAACUGUGUGCGUUUAGUUUAAGAUGCAGAGUUCCUAAACAUGGUAGUGACAAUUCGACGUUCUGAUUUGCUUUAAGGAAUUUAUGAUAUGUACUACGUUUAAUGUUGGCUUUACAUUACAAGUAUAAAUUUGCUAGAUUCAUGUGCUUUAUUUAAUUAACAAUUAAUAACAAUGGCUUAGUUAUUUCUAUGUUUUGUCAAAUCUUGAUAAAUACAUGUUUUAGUUGAUAAUAAAAUCAUUUACAGGACUGACAUUACAACUGGCUUGCAUUUUCC